UAUUGCAGUCCUCGCGACCCGAUACGAAGUACAAUAAAUACCGUUUCUAUAGAAUCAUCUUUGAAAAUAUUCUGGCAGUGUCUGUGUCUCCGACAACCCAUAUUCUCGGGCCGCUAUUGUGUCCAUUGAACUGUAGAAUCCUCCAAGAAUCCAAAGAAACAAUCGCCGUAAGAUAGGGUAGCUUUUAAGUGGAUUAUUUUUGCCGGAGAUCGUAGUGGUGAGCCGCCAUGGGCAACGGAUGCUCGAAAUGCUGCCAGUGCAAUGAGCACAAACAAAUUCACGGUGCCCUCUCCUCGGCCUCGUCGGUUUACAGGAAAAGGACCCGCAAUGAGAUUCCCAUCGAAAACUCCGACCGCUUUCGCAUUACGGCCACCAGCAACGCCGUGCAGCUGGCCGUGGAGCACGUGCAGCGGGAGGAUGCCGGCCACUACACGCUGUUCGCCAGGACGAAAAGACAGGACGUGGUGCGCAGGCAUGUGGAGCUCAUCGUGGAAGACAGAUCAGCAGGCGAAGAUCCACCUGUAUUUCUCCGCCGCCUUGCCGACCUCUCCGUGAAAGUGGGCACCCGCACUCGCCUACUCGCCGAAAUCCGGAGCUCAACAGAUUUGAAGCUCACCUGGUACAGAAACGAUCGGCGGGUGUGCGCCAACGACCGCAUCUCAGAGAUCAGCGAGGGCACCUUCCACUACUUGGAGGUGAGUCCGGUAACCCUGGAGGAUGGCGGACAGUGGAUGCUGAUGGCGGAGAACUUCGGUGGGCGCAACUCCUGCCUAGCCACACUCAAUGUGCUGGUGCCGAAAGCCUACAAGACACCUGAGUUUGUGGAGGAGCUGCGGGCGGUUCUCACCGAGCAGGGCACUGUCUCCUUGGAGUGCAAAGUGGUGGGAGUACCUACGCCGCAUCUGAGAUGGUUUAAGGACUCGCGGGAGAUCAAGGCGGGCGAUAUGUUCGCGUUGACAGCGAAUGCGGAUGACCCCACCAGCCUGGGAACCUACACCUGUGAGGCGCGCAACUGCAUGGGCGUUACCUACUCCAGCUCCAAGGUGCAUGUGGUGGGCAGAGGCAGUCGCGAGGGCUCCCUCAAACCGGCGGACAGCGUCGUCAAUAAUUCCCCACCUCCGAUCUUCACAAACGAACUGCGGGACAUGAGCGUCGGCAUCGGUGACACUAUUAUUCUGGGCUGUCAAGUGGUGGUGCCUCCCUGGCCCAAGAGCGUGUGCUGGUACAACACGACCGGACGGGUGGAGACUGCCGAGCGGUACAAGCUGAUAGAAGACGGUCUGGGCGUCUAUAUGAUCGAGAUCAAGCCCUCGGAGUCCUGCGACGCUGGCGACUGGAAGUGUGUGGUGACCAGCUUCGACGGCAGCUCCGGAAUUUCCGCGUGUUCCGUCAAAAUGGAUAUUCCCCGGAAUUAUCGCAAGCCGCGAUUCAUGGAGAGCCUGCGAGCCGUACUGACCGAGGAGGGACUUGUGUCCUUCGAGUGCAAGGUGGUGGGCUUCCCCACACCAGCCCUUAAAUGGUUCAAGGACGGCCACGAACUGAAGCCCGGAGACGUCUACCAGCUGACAGGAACAAACUCCUUGGGCACAUACUGCUGCAUCGCCAGGAACUGCAUGGGAGAGACCAGUAGCACUGCCGUUUUAACGGUGGAGGACAUCCAGAACCAGCUUACGGACGAGGAGCGCUUGGGCUUCACUCAGCAAAACCAGGCACCCAAAUUCGUGACAGGACUGAAGAGCACCGAUGCCAAAAUCAACGAGCCCUUCCAAUUCAAGGUGGUGGUAAGGGCGACCCCAGAUCCCACACUCUCGUGGUUCCGCGAUGAACUUCCGAUCGAUCCAAACGAACGAUAUAACCACUACCGCGGCCAGAACGACGACUGGGUCAUGGACAUCAAAGCCGUUGAGUUUGUGGAUCAGGCCGAGUGGAAGUGCGUGGCCGUCAAUGAUUUUGGCACCAGCAUCACCUCCUGCUUCCUCAAGCUGCAGAUUCCCAGGCACUAUAAGAAGCCGCGCUUCCUGGAGUGCCUCAGAGCUGUUUUGACGGAAGAGGGAGCCGUGAACUUGGAGUGCAAGGUCAUCGGAGUACCUCAGCCGGCUCUGAAGUGGUACAAAGACGGCGUGGAACUCAAGCCAGGCGAUAUUCAUCGCAUUAUAUCCGGACAGGACGGAACCUGCUGCCUGGGCACCUAUACCUGUGAAGCACGUAACUGCAUGGGCGUGGUGGCUAGCUCCGCCUCGCUUCUAGGCUUCGAAGAUGCCCAAAGGAGCCAGCAGCAACAAAUCAGCGAACAGCAGGAAAACGAGCUGCAGAGGAAUCUUUCAUUGUCCACCAUCCAGGAGGAGCGAACCUCACAGCUGUACGAGACGCCUAUGGGGGACAUCACUAUAGACGAAAAAGGCGACGUGUCCUUCUCGUUUGACGGCAAGGAGGUGUCCGUCUCCCUCUACGAGACACCUGAUCUGACCGAGGAGGAGGCCCUCAAGAUUGUGGAGAUGUAUGCGGAUCAGAUUUCCGAGCACGUAACGGAGCACAACAUAGUCGAGUUGCCGCCUCUGCGCUUCGUCAAGGAGACCUCGCAGUCCGGAAAGCUCCUGAUGGAGGCUGUCGUCAUAGACAUUUCGCCAGAGUACUUUAGUCAUGAGGAGGAUAUGCGCACGGAGGCCGACAUAGAUGACGUGUCCAUUAAUGAGAUAACUGUCCACGGUUCCUCCGGCAUGGAGAGCCGGUUCGACCACGAGGUAGAACAAUAUGCACAGGAGUCAUUUGACAAAAUGACGGAGGAAUUGUCUCUAUCGGCACCAAUACGCAAGCGGAAGAAGUCGAAGCCCACGGAGACUGAUGAGUUUUUCAGCUUGUCCAAGGCCUCGGCUUUGGAGGGCGAGGAGGAGGAUGCCUCCGACUUGCAGACAUUUGUCAGUGCGCAGAUGUCUACGUCUCAGAAGGAUAACGACAAGGACUCUCCGGUAGCCCCGCCGCAAAGGAAGAAGUCUAAGAAGCCAACUGAUAGUGAUUCUUCAAAGACCACUGAAGACGAGGCGCGACUGCAGGACAUUUCAGGAGCAGUGGGUGACGGGCUAAUGGUUUCCCCGACCUCGCACGCCAAAGUUGUGACCGAUGAGAAUGAAAUCAACAAGAACCUAAUGGCUCUUAUUCCGCUGGCCAAGUUGCUUAGGGUAAUCGAGAACCACCUCGCGGCAGUGGAGAACGAGGUAAUGGAACAGUCCACCAUGAUGAUGACCCCGUCUGCGGCAGAUCAGAGCAUCGCUAUCAUCCGAAACAUUGUCGAUCCCAUCAAGCAAAUUGAAUCGAAGUUGAGGGUCUACUCCGGGGAGACCCAGAUAGACGCGUUGAUUCAGUCCAUGGAUGAGGAUAUUCGGCAGCUGCAUCUGGGCCUUCAAGUCAUAGAGAAGUGUGUGGAAAUCGAUGAGACAGGAGCCACGUUGAUCCAACGAACCAGUGUGUGCAUUAUCGACAGUGUGGCCGAGCAAAUGAAGCGAGCCCUCGGAGAGUUGAAAGUCAUGAGCCAGAAAUUUGAGUCGGAGUGCCUGAGGGCCCAGAUCGAACUGACAGCCGAUGACAUCCAGCAGGGACUCGAGAUUACACAGGACACUAUAAGGUCCCAGGCCUUGCUGCAGGAGGCCCAAGAGCUGGAGGCAGCCAAGCACUUCACGGAAGCCGUGGAGAAGAUGCAGGAAGUUCCCGAUUCCGUAUCCUUUGCCACCAUUUCGGAAGCCAACUUACCCAGCGAGGCGAGUUCCUUGAAACUGAUCUGCCAGCCAGUGGCCAAGAUCCAGGAGGCUUUGGAACGCGUCGAAAUGGAGCUCUCACUCGAGGAGUCCGAGGAGCAGAUCUACAAAAAGGUCCAUCAAAAAGUACUCGAGAGCAUUGUUGAGCCAAUUAAAAGCUUACAGAGCACCUUGCAGUCGAUCGAGGACAAGACGGAGUCCCUGGCCGGGUCAGACUCAAUGGAGCAAAAGAUCAACAUGGCCAUUCUAGACAUUGUAACGCCGCCGCUCUUCGAGCUCAACAAGGGUCUGGAGGUUAUCCUUAACGAGAAAUCGGACAGCGUCGAAGGCGGAAUGCUCACGGUGAGCACGGUCGAGUCGAUGGUUCCUCCUUUGCAGGAGAUUCAAAACGGACUGGCGCAGCUGGGCCAGGAUCUAGAAAGCGGUCAAGCCGCCGAGCCUGUGGAACUCUUACCUGAACAGGCCAUGGAUGUGACAGAUACCCAGAAACUCCUGCAGUCUUUUGCUCAGGCAGUACUGCAUUUCGAAACGAAUAUAGAAGGGAUAUCCCCUCGACUUUCCUCGAGUGUGAAAAUCCGCUUGACAAAUCUGAAGGACGAACUUUCCUCCUUGAUAAGCACCAUAUUAGAAAAGAAUAUAACUGGAAACCAUGUGGAGCUGCUGAAUAAGCUCAAGCGCCCCGUGGAUGAGCUUAACUAUUGUAUUCGACAAACGGAGGUAAAGUCCAUGACUGGGUCUCUGGCGGAUCUUAUUGAGCCGCUCAGCACGCUGCAGGAGAGCACCAAGAAAGGACGAGGGUACUUUUUGGCGGCGAGGGAGCCCGACCAAAGGACUCUGCAAUCUCUCGAAAACAUAAGCUGCAUUAUUCGUAAUGCGGUCAUUGAUAUUGAGGAACACGAGUUCCGGAUUCUGCAGCAGGAGAUUCAGCAAGACGAGGAGCAAGCUUCCCAACAACAGGACAAGUCCUUCAGUGCUCUGCGCAAGGUACUGGAGACGAAAGUCUCACUCGAGGAGGCAGUUGCCAACAUUGAAACGCUGCAGGAGGCUUUGAACAAAAUUUGCGAUAAUCCCAGAGCUCCAGAGCAAGUUAAGGCUUCGGCCAAGGAGGCUCAGGUGCCUCUUUUGCGAAUUCUACAAACAGCCCAAGGACUGGCCAAGUUCAGUGAAGCGGAGACCACCUUCGAUGUCAACGAGGCUAAAACCACCAGGAUCCUCUUUGAAUGCGGUAAAAGCUUUUUCGAUCUGGCCAAGGCUCUGGAUACUCCGGAUUCCCCGUCCGGAGAUAAAUUCCAAAGUGCGCUGGGACAGUUUACUGACAUUGUUGAUCAGCAAAUGCAGUCUAUGGAUGAGAAACUGGCCAUAGCUAGUCCGUUAGCAGGCCUGAUUCGUGUUCUCGAAAGUCUGCAGCCUCCUCGGGGAUCACUUGAGGACGUGUCCACUUUAGAUGAUAUGUCGGUGUUUAGGUCAGUAGCCGAAUCUCUACCAACUGACUCCGUUUCGGAGAAAGCCGAGCCCGCUUCGGAUAAACCAUCGCGACUUGAAGUCCUCUUGACGGAUCUAAACCAAGGCAUUUCCGCGGUUCUUUCUCACUGUGAGGAAGGAGACGUUGCUUCUUUAUCAGAAAAGUCCGCCAUGCAAGUCCAGGCGGCGAUGGUUAAGAUGCAGGAAUUGCAAAAAAGCAUUGGAAACGAAAUUGGAAACGUUCUGCAGGAAACGAACAUCAUGGAUGCGGUGCACUCCAUUUCCGAAGCUAGCCAGCAAGGCACCUUCGCAGAGGCACUCUGUAGUCUGGAAAAAUGUGUCUUGCAAGUGGAAGAGUGCUUGGCCCACAGUGGUCCGGUGGAAAGCAUCAGUGACUUGGAGCUGUCAAAGCUCAAGGUGCUGGCCAAUCCCCUUCACGACUUGAGACUGUGCUGUGAGCAAAUGGAAGUACAAGUAAUGGAACACGUUCUAGAUUUAUCCACCCAGGGCGACAUAUCCGAGCUCAAGAGCAUCGGGCAGGUACAGACAGUGUCGGAGCACAUUCAGGAGGCUGUGGUGGCAGAGGAGCCUGAAGUGGAGGUGUUUGACAUUCAGCAAGGAGUGGCCAGCGGCAUCAGACAACUUGAGGCCUGUCUGGAGGUCACCCAGACCGACGGAAACGAGGAGCUCCAGCAGGUGGGGCACAUAAUGCAGCAGCUAAAGACGGAUCUGCAGAGCAUUCAGAGUGUUCUGGUGGCCGAAAGCGAACAGCACGAGACUGUGCUGGCUCAAGCCAAGAUAGCCCGCACCAUGUUCCGCCUGAAGGAGUGCCUGGUGCACACCUAUGAGUCCGGGUUGGUGGACUCUCUCGAGACCGUGGAGAGUGCCUUUGAAGACAUACUUCUUUCUCUGCCCAUACUGGAGAGUCAGUUGGCCGAGGAAAUGUUUUUCAAGAUCGAAGCGGCUUUCCGGAACUUUGUACUGCGUUGUGAAGAACAGCAGGACGAAAACUUCACAGCCCUCAAGCCUUCCAUUGAAAAUCUGGCCCAGUCCAUUGCGGCUGUGGCCUCGCAUCCUACCGUCGAUGUCGAGAGGUCUUCAGGGGUGGUGGUGCAGCUCCAAACCAGCCUCAUGUCUGCCUUCAGAAGUCUCAAUGAUGUUGGCGAGCGGCUCAGCAACGAAGAAUCGGCUGCUCUCCUGAAAACCCAAAAUGGCUUGGUGGCCGUGUUCGAUUUUAUUGAGGGAAGCGAGAACUCCAUACGGGUCAUUGAACUUCUGCAGGAAAUCGAUUCCGUGGCGACUGAGCUGAAGGCCCUGUCCCAAAUUCCGAGUGAGCCGUCGGUCCCGAUCGACAUCACCACGAUUAUUCAAAAUGUCUCCUCUGGCAAGGCUUUCCUUACGGAAAUAGAGGAGGGCCUCAAGGCCAAUAGUGCCCAGUGCAUCCUACUGCUCGACGAGAACACCGAUGACAUUGGUCAGUUGGAGGCAACACUUCUCCAAAUCGAGGAGGAGAUUUUGAGUCAGCCCCAGCUGACCCGGAUCACCGCUAAGCAAGUGGCCCUUAUAGAGGCACUGCAGGGUCAGCUCGACAAUCUCAAGGAAAAACUGAAUAAGCUGAGUGUGUUCUUGGCGGAACUCCAAACACAACCCGCAGUUUCUUCUUCUGAGUCUGUAGUGGAAACCGAUUUGGAAGCGGAGGAAGAGGGAAGCCCAGAGGACACCGAGCCAGAAGCCAAAAAACCAAAGUUAUUUGAGCUUGAAGCUCCGAAGAAGCAGCCAGUUGAUACCCAGAAGUCUACAGAGGCUGAGGAAAUCCAUCUUGAAAGGAAACCGGAAACGGAAAUUGAGUUACAAGGAACAGAAGUUACCAGGCCUACUGAAAACGAGGGCGUGACUGAUGUUCUUGACGAAAAGGCAUCGCUUCAAGCUAUUCAAAAUUUAAAACAGAAGCUUGAGGGUUUGGAUAGCGAUGGCAGUAACUCUAUUACAACCGAGUGUCAAAACCUUCUCGAAAAUCUCGAAGACUCUGUAAAGGUAGCCAAAUCCAUAUUCAAACUUAAGGAACAUAUAGUUCAUACUUACGAUGGAAGGACACAGCAGGAAGAGGAGGGUAACAAGCUCAUCGAAGAAUUUAUCGAAUCGCUUUUGGAAGCCUGCCCAGAAGCUGCAGAGCAAGUGAUGAAAAAUUAUCUGAAAGAAAUAAAAACCAAUGUUAUCUUAACUAAAGCAGCCAUUCAAUUAAUUGACGAGAGCCAAAUGCUUAUAAAGCCAUCUUUGUUGAUCUCUAAACUAGACAAUCUGGAGAGCAUCUCCCAAAAAAUUCAAACACAGACACACGUAGAUAAGUCGUCGGAAAAGAUGAUCAGCCUGCAACAAAGCCUAAUGGAUAUCUUCAUUAUUCUAGACGACAUUCUAAAUGAGAAAUCGGGCAUUAAAAACCAAAGUAUUGAAGAAUUGAAAUCUAUCUUGCUCAGCGAAUAUGAUUACAUUGAGAAGAAACAGGGCCAACUUCACACACCAAUUAUCAACGGAAAGAUUCAAGAAAUCACACUUCGCGUUUUAAAUAUAUGCGAGGAUCUUAAAGAAUUGGUACAAAAUCAAAUCCAAAAGAAGGCCGAAGACGCAUAUGUUGAAGCUUUAACACCAUCCGAGGACGUAGUUGACCACAAAAUCACCGAAGACUCGGAAGCUACACCAGACGAAGCAAGGGCUUUGGAGAAGCAGUCUCUGGAAGAGCAGAAAUUAGAUGCUAAGACCCAGAAACAAGCCGAAUCGGCGUCUGAAAAGAAAUCAGAGACGGCGGAAGUAUCUGAAGUGCUUGCCGAGGAAAUAUCAGAGGAAAAGGCGGAAGAAUCCAAGAAGCCGGAAGUCAAGGAAUCUGAAGCUAAGUCCGAUCAGGCCAAGGCUUUGGAAAAGGAGUCUCUGGAAGAGCAGCAACUAGAUGCUAAGACCCAGAAACAAGCCAAAUCGGCGUCUGAAAAGAAACCAGAGACGGCGGAAGUAUCUGAAGUGCUUGCCGAGGAAAUAUCAGAGGAAAAGGCGGAAGAAUCCAAGAAGCCGGAAGUCAAGGAAUCUGAAGCUAAGUCCGAUCAAGCCAAGGCUUUGGAGAAGGAGUCUCUGGAAGAGCAGCAACUAGAUGCUAAGACCCAGAAACAAGCCAAAUCGGCGUCUGAAAAGAAACCAGAGACGGCGGAAGUAUCUGAGGUCCUUGCCGAGAAAAUAUCUGAGGAAAAGGUGGAAGAAUCCAAGAAGCUGGAUGUCAAGGAAUCGGAAGCUAAGCCCGAUCAAGCCAAGGCUUUGGAGAAGCAGUCUCUGGAAGAGCAGCAACUAGAUGCUAAGAUCCAGAAACAAGCCGAAUCGGCGCCUGAAAAGAAAUCAGAGACGGCGGAAGUAUCUGAGGUCGUUGCCGAGAAAAUGUCUGAGGAAAAGGUGGAAGAAUCCAAGAAGCCGGAAGUCAAGGAAUCUGAAGCUAAGCCCGAUCAAGCCAAGGCUUUGGAGAAGCAGUCUCUGGAAGAGCAGCAACUAGAUGCUAAGAUCCAGAAACAAGCCGAAUCGGCGGCUGAAAAGAAAUCAGAGACGGCGGAAGUAUCUGAGGUCUUUGCCGAGAAAAUAUCUGAGGAAAAGGUGGAAGAAUCCAAGAAGCCGGAUGUCAAGGAAUCUGAAGCUAAGCCCGAUCAAGCCAAGACUUUGGAGAAGCAAUCUCUGGAAGAGCAGAAACUGGAUGCUAAGACCCAGAAACAAGCCGAAUCGGCGUCUGAAAAGAAUUUAGAGAUGGCGGAAGUAUCUGAGGUCCUUGCCGAGAAAAUAUCUGAGGAAAAGGUGGAAGAAUCCAAGAAGCUGGAUGUCAAGGAAUCGGAAGCUAAGCCCGAUCAAGCCAAGGCUUUGGAGAAGCAGUCUCUGGAAGAGCAGCAACUAGAUGCUAAGACCCAGAAACAAGCCGAAUCGGCGUCUGAAAAAAAAUCAGAGACGGCGGAAGUAUCUGAAGUCCUCGCUGAGAAAAUAUCUGAGGAAAAGGUGGAAGAAUCCAAGAAGCCGGAAGUCAAGGAAUCUGAAGCUAAGCCCGAUCAAGCCAAGGCUUUGGAGAAGCAGUCUCUGGAAGAGCAGCAACUAGAUGCUAAGACCCAGAAACAAGCCGAAUCGGCGUCUGAAAAGAAACCAGAGACGGCGGAAGUAUCUGAAGUCCUUGCCGAGAAAAUAUCUGAGGAAAGGGUGGAAGAAUCCAAGAAGCCGGAAGUCAAGGAAUCUGAAGCUAAGCCCGAUCAAGCCAAGGCUUUGGAGAAGCAGUCUCUGGAAGAGCAGCAACUAGAUGCUAAGAUCCAGAAACAAGCCGAAUCGGCGGCUGAAAAGAAAUCAGAGACGGCGGAAGUAUCUGAGGUCUUUGCCGAGAAAAUAUCUGAGGAAAAGGUGGAAGAAUCCAAGAAGCCGGAUGUCAAGGAAUCUGAAGCUAAGCCCGAUCAAGCCAAGACUUUGGAGAAGCAAUCUCUGGAAGAGCAGAAACUGGAUGCUAAGACCCAGAAACAAGCCGAAUCGGCGUCUGAAAAGAAUUCAGAGAUGGCGGAAGUAUCUGAGGUCCUUGCCGAGAAAAUAUCUGAGGAAAAGGUGGAAGAAUCCAAAAAGCUGGAUGUCAAGGAAUCGGAAGCUAAACCCGAUCAAGCCAAGGCUUUGGAGAAGGAGUCUCUGGAAGAGCAGCAACUAGAUGCUAAGAUCCAGAAACAAGCCGAAUCGGCGCCUGAAAAGAAAUCAGAGACGGCGGAAGUAUCUGAGGUCGUUGCCGAGAAAAUGUCUGAGGAAAAGGUGGAAGAAUCCAAGAAGCCGGAAGUCAAGGAAUCUGAAGCUAAGCCCGAUCAAGCCAAGGCUUUGGAGAAGCAGUCUCUGGAAGAGCAGCAACUAGAUGCUAAGACCCAGAAACAAGCCGAAUCGGCGUCUGAAAAAAAAUCAGAGACGGCGGAAGUAUCUGAAGUCCUCGCUGAGAAAAUAUCUGAGGAAAAGGUGGAAGAAUCCAAGAAGCCGGAAGUCAAGGAAUCUGAAGCUAAGCCCGAUCAAGCCAAGGCUUUGGAGAAGAAGUCUCUGGAAGAGCAGCAACUAGAUGCUAAGACCCAGAAACAAGCCAAAUCGGCGUCUGAAAAGAAACCAGAGACGGCGGAAGUAUCUGAGGUCCUUGCCGAAAAAAUAUCUGAGGAAAGGGUGGAAGAAUCCAAGAAGCCGGAAGUCAAGGAAUCUGAAGCUAAGCCCGAUCAAGCCAAGGCUUUGGAGAAGCAGUCUCUGGAAGAUCAGAAACUGUAUGCUAAGACCCAGAAACAAGCCGAAUCGACGGCUGAAAAGAAAUCAGAGACGGCGGAAGUAUCUGAGGUCCUAGCCGAGAAAAUAUCUGAGGAAAGGGUGGAAGAAUCCAAGAAGCCGGAAGUCAAGGAAUCUGAAGCUAAGCCCGAUCAAGCCAAGGCUUUGGAGAAGCAGUCUCUGGAAGAGCAGCAACUAGAUGCUAAGAUCCAGAAACAAGCCGAAUCGGCGGCUGAAAAGAAAUCAGAGACGGCGGAAGUAUCUGAGGUCUUUGCCGAGAAAAUAUCUGAGGAAAAGGUGGAAGAAUCCAAGAAGCCGGAUGUCAAGGAAUCUGAAGCUAAGCCCGAUCAAGCCAAGACUUUGGAGAAGCAAUCUCUGGAAGAGCAGAAACUGGAUGCUAAGACCCAGAAACAAGCCGAAUCGGCGUCUGAAAAGAAUUCAGAGAUGGCGGAAGUAUCUGAGGUCCUUGCCGAGAAAAUAUCUGAGGAAAAGGUGGAAGAAUCCAAGAAGCUGGAUGUCAAGGAAUCGGAAGCUAAGCCCGAUCAAGCCAAGGCUUUGGAGAAGCAGUCUCUGGAAGAGCAGCAACUAGAUGCUAAGACCCAGAAACAAGCCGAAUCGGCGUCUGAAAAAAAAUCAGAGACGGCGGAAGUAUCUGAAGUCCUCGCUGAGAAAAUAUCUGAGGAAAAGGUGGAAGAAUCCAAGAAGCCGGAAGUCAAGGAAUCUGAAGCUAAGCCAGAUCAAGCCAAGGCUUUGGAGAAGCAGUCUCUGGAAGAGCAGCAACUAGAUGCUAAGACCCAGAAACAAGCCAAAUCGGCGUCUGAAAAGAAACCAGAGACGGCGGAAGUAUCUGAGGUCCUUGCCGAAAAAAUAUCUGAGGAAAGGGUGGAAGAAUCCAAGAAGCCGGAAGUCAAGGAAUCUGAAGCUAAGCCCGAUCAAGCCAAGGCUUUGGAGAAGCAGUCUCUGGAAGAGCAGAAACUGGAUGCUAAGACCCAGAAACAAGCCGAAUCGACGGCUGAAAAGAAAUCAGAGACGGCGGAAGUAUCUGAGGUCCUUGCCGAGAAAAUAUCUGAGGAAAAGGUGGAAGAAUCCAAGAAGCCGGAAGUCAAGGAAUCUGAAGCUAAGCCCGAUACAGCCAAGGCUUUGGAGAAGCAGUCUCUGGACGAGCAGCAACUAGAUGCUAAGACCCAGAAACAAGCCGAAUCGGCGUCUGAAAAGAAAUCAGAGACGGCGGAAGUAUCUGAAGUGCUUGCCGAGAAAAUAUCUGAGGAAAGGGUGGAAGAAUCCAAGAAGCCGGAAGUCAAGGAAUCUGAAGCUAAGCCCGAUCAAGCCAAGGCUUUGGAGAAGCAGUCUCUGGAAGAGCAGCAACUAGAUGCUAAGACCCAGAAACAAGCCGAAUCGGCGUCUGAAAAGAAACCAGAGACGGCGGAAGUAUCUGAGGUCCUUGCCGAGAAAAUAUCUGAGGAAAAAGCGGAAGUGUUCAAGCAGCCGGAAGUCAAGGAAUCUGAAGCUAAGCCCGAUCAAGCCAAGGCUUUGGAGAAGCAGUCUCUGGAAGAGCAGAAACUGGAUGAAAAGACUCAAAAACAAGGAGAAUUGGAAUUUGAUAAUAAAUCAAAGAAGGCGGAAGUAUCUAAAGUUCUUGGGGAGAAAAUAGCUCUGGAAGAAGCUGAAGAAUCCAGGCAAACGGAAGUCACGGAAUCUCCCUUAGAAAGCUUGAACAUUAUAUUUGAAAAUUGGAUUCAAUGGGCUAAAGUCAAUGGGACUAUGAGCGAUUUAGAAUCAAUUGUUGCGGAGAGGAAUUUCAUCUUGGAUAAUUUUAAUGAUGUCCGUGAAAUUUCCAAAUCUAUUUCCAGUCUGAAUAAUAAACUAAUUGAUGGACCUUUGCGAAGAGACCAUGGAGAGAUAGAAUUUAUCAACGCCGUUAUUGAAUCGCUGUUUGAAUUUUGUCCAGAAGUUGCAGGCCAUGUGAUGCCGAAUUGCGUUCGAGAAAUUAAAAGCAAUUGUAUAUUAAUUAAAGCUGCAAUCCAACUAAUUGAUGACUGUAACAUGUUCACAAAACCUUCGCUGUUGGUGCCAAAAAUAGUAAAUUUGGAGAGAAUCGCAGAAAAGAACCAAACGAUCGCACAGGUUGAUAAGUCGUCUGGAAAAAUGAUAAAUUUGCAACAGACGUUAAUGGACUUUUUCGUCAUAUUUGACGAUAUUUUGGACGAUAAUACUGAGGUAUUAAGGCCUAAAAUAGAAGACCUCAAAACAGCAUUGCUAAAUGACUAUGACUAUAUUGAAAAUAAACAGGGAAAAAUAAGUACCGCAUUCGUGAACGGAAAAAUUCAGAUAGUAACAUCCAAAAUCUUGAAUGUCAUUGAAAACUUAAAAACACUGAUUGAGGGAUUGGAAUUAGAAUCGGCCAACGCAGAAGAAUCUAAAAUCCUUCCAGAAAUAAUACACGAGAAAGAGGCAAAGCCUGAAGAACCUGAAGAGAAAAUAUCUAAGAAGAAGGCGGAAGAACCCAAGCAGCCGGAAGUCAAGGAGUCGGAAGCUAAGCCGGAUCAAGCCAAGGCUUUGGUGAAACAGGCUUUGGAAGAACAGAAGCUUGAAGAAAAGACCGAAAAACAAGUCAAGACCAAAUCUGACAAGAAGUCGGAAAAGGCUGAAGUAUCAGAGGUCCUUGCAGAGAAAAUAUCUGAGAAGAAACCAGAAGAAGCCAAGCAGCCGGAAGCCAAGGAGUCGGAAUCUAAGCCGGAUCAAGCCAAGGCUCUGGAGAAACGGGCUUUGGAAGAGCAGAAGCUUGAAGAAAAGGCCAAAAAACAAGUCAAAACUAAGUCUGAAAAGAAGUCGGAACAGGCCGAAGUAUCUGAGGUCCUUGCAGAGAAAAUAUCUGAGAAGAAACCAGAAGAAGCCAAGCAGCCGGAAGUCAAGGAUUCGGAAACUAAGUCAGAUCAAGCCAAGGCUUUGGAGAAACAGGCUUUGGAAGAACAGAAGCUUGAAGAAAAGACCGAAAAACAAGUCAAGACCAAAUCUGACAAGAAGUCGGAAAAGGCUGAAGUAUCUGAGGUCCUUGCAGAGAAAAUAUCUGAGAAGAAACUAGAAGAAGCCAAGCAGCCGGAAGUCAAGGAGUCGGAAGCUAAGCCGGAUCAAGCAAAGGCUCUGGAGAAACGGGCUUUGGAAGAACAGAAGCUUGAAGAAAUGGCCAAAAAACAAGUCAAAACUAAGUCUGAAAAGAAGUCGGAACAGGCCGAAGUAUCUGAGGUCCUUGCAGAGAAAAUAUCUGAGAAGAAAGCAGAAGAAGCCAAGCAGCCGGAAGUCAAGGAGUCGGAAACUAAGUCAGAUCAAGCCAAGGCUUUUGAGAAACAGGCUUUGGAAGAACAGAAGCUUGAAGAAAAGACCGAAAAACAAGUCAAGACUAAAUCUUACAAGCAGUCGGAAAAGGCUGAAGUAUCUGGGGUCCUUGCAGAGAAAAUAUCUGAGAAGAAAGCAGAAGAAGCCAAGCAGCCGGAAGUCAAGGAUUCAGAAACUAAGUCAGAUCAAGCCAAGGCUUUGGAGAAACAGGAUUUGGAAGAACAGAAGCUUGAAGAAAAGACCGAAAAACAAGUCAAGACUAAAUCUGACAAGAAGUCGGAAAAGGCUGAAGUAUCUGAGGUCCUUACAGAGAAAAUAUCUGAGAAGAAACCAGAAGAAGCCAAGCAACCGGAAGUCAAGGAGUCGGAAACUAAGCCGGAUCAAGCCAAGGCUUUGGAAGAACAGAAGCUUGAAGAAAAGGCCAACAAACAAGUCAAAACUAAGUCUGAAAAGAAGCCGGAACAGGCCGAAGUAUCUGAGGUCCUUGCAGAGAAAAUAUCUGAGAAGAAAGCAGAAGAAGCCAAGCAGCCGGAAGUCAAGGAUUCAGAAACUAAGUCAGAUCAAGCCAAGGCUUUGGAGAAACAGGCUUUGGAAGAACAGAAGCUUGAAGAAAAGACCGAAAAACAAGUCAAGACUAAAUCUGACAAGAAGUCGGAAAAGGCUGAAGUAUCUGAGGUCCUUGCAGAGAAAAUAUCUGAGAAGAAAGCAGAAGAAGCCAAGCAACCGGAAGUCAAGGAGUCGGAAACUAAGCCGGAUCAAGCCAAGGCUUUGGAAGAACAGAAGCUUGAAGAAAAGGCCAACAAACAAGUCAAAACUAAGUCUGAAAAGAAGCCGGAACAGGCCGAAGUAUCUGAGGUCCUUGCAGAGAAAAUAUCUGAGAAGAAACCAGAAGAAGCCAAGCAACCGGAAGUCAAGGAGUCGGAAGCUAAGCCGGAUCAACCCAAGGCUUUGGAGAAACAGGCUUUGGAAGAACAGAAGCUUGAAGAAAAGACCGAAAAACAAGUCAAGACCAAAUCUGACAAGAAGUCGGAAAAGGCUGAAGUAUCUGAGGUCCUUGCAGAGAAAAUAUCUGAGAAGAAACCAGAAGAAGCCAAGCAGCCGGAAGUCAAGGAGUCGGAAGCUAAGCCGGAUCAAGCAAAGGCUCUGGAGAAACGGGCUUUGGAAGAACAGAAGCUUGAAGAAAUGGCCAAAAAACAAGUCAAAACUAAGUCUGAAAAGAAGCCGGAAAAGGCCGAAGUAUCUGAGGUCCUUGCAGAGAAAAUAUCUGAGAAGAAAGCAGAAGAAGCCAAGCAGCCGGAAGUCAAGGAUUCGGAAAAUAAGUCAGAUCAAGCCAAGGCUUUGGAGAAACAGGCUUUGGAAGAACAGAAGCUUGAAGAAAAGACCGAAAAACAAGUCAAGACCAAAUCUGACAAGAAGUCGGAAAAGGCUGAAGUAUCUGAGGUCCUUGCAGAGAAAAUAUCUGAGAAGAAACCAGAAGAAGCCAAGCAAGAAAAGGGAGAGUCAAAAGUCAAAACUAAGGCCUCAAAGCCAAAGGCCUUGGCCAAAGAAAAAGAAGUGGUACAGCAGUUAGAAGAAGAGCAUAAAACACAAACAGCCUCCGAAAUAGUUGCCAAGAAAGUUUUUGAAGAAAGUGAGAAAGCUGAGCAGUCCGAAGAAAGGGAUGUUCCCAGCGGUAAGUUGGAUGGGAAAGUAUCCACACCCGCCUCCGUAUCUGAGACAAAUGCUAAAAGAGAUAUUGUCAUCGAUGGUGUCAAGAAAGGAUCUAAUGGAGACGACCAGCCAGGACAACAAAGAGAAACGGGAGAAAGGCAGGAUGAAGAAACAAUUGAAAAAUUGCCCAGGAAACUCCUUGAUCGAAAAAUUGACCGACUUGAAGACUUCGCCGACUCCGAAAGCCUUCAGACAUUCAAGUCAAUGGACUCCGUGUAUAAGGACCAGAAGGAGUCAAGGAGCGCCAAACGCCAGCCCACAGUGGACAUCCAACUCACCAACCGGAAUACGGCGUCGGGCAGUGACCUGAAGCUGACCUGCGGCCUGUCGGGCCACGACAUGAACGUGAUGUGGUUCAAGCAGGACAGCCUCAUCGAGAACGGGGCCAAGUACAGAAAAACAUUGGAAAACGGCCUCGCGCGCCUUGAAAUCAAAUCGGCCGAAGUAGGCGACUCUGGCAUUUAUCGCUGCAUAGCGUCCAAUCAGAAUGGAGAAGUCGAAACUAGCUGUCUUGUGACUAUAUACGAAGCACCUUCGAGCCAAUUUGGCACUCCGCCAAUAUUUACACGCAACAUUCGAGAUACCUAUCAUUCCCAGGCCAAUCAGCUGGCUUUAGAGUGCAAGGUUUCGGGCAGUCCCAAGCCCAAAAUCUACUGGCAGAGGGAUAACACUCUUCUGCCGCUGGAGAGUCCCAAGUACCAGUUCUCCGAGCAGGCUGACGGCACGAAGCUCCUGACCAUUGCCCAGUUUGGCGCCGACGAUUCGGGUCUGUACACCUGCUACGCGGAGAGCGAGAACGGCCAGAUGAAGAUCAGCAAGUUCAUCCAGGCCACGGACUACGUGCGGGAGCGAGCUUCCGACACGAAGCCCAUAGAGAAGGUCAUCGAGGAGAUCAAGAAACGGGACGAGCCCUCCUCAGUCAGCGACAACGCCGCCGCCAAGGCCAGGGCCCGGGAGGCCAAGCUCCGCCUCAACCUGGAGACAAGCUUGAAGACCAUGACCAUUGGCAGCGGCAACAAGGCGCAGCUCAUCUGCUACGUCACCGGCAUCAUUGAGGACGUGCACUGGCUGAAGGACGGAGAGCGCGUCACAAAGGAUGCCCGCCACAAGAUCUACAACAUUAACGGAGCGAUCAGCCUGGAAAUAUACGAUGUCCGGGUGGAGGACAGUGGUGCCUACCGGUGUGUGGUGAAGAACAACAGGCACACCGUGGAGAGUGUCGGACAGCUCAGUGUUCUGGAUCAGUCCAACGGAAACCUUCCGGAGAGCUUCUCCAGUGGCAUAACAGAAUCCUUUGAUGCCCAGCGAAACGAGAUUGUUCUGAGCUGUCAGGUGCACGGGCGCCCCAAUGUCAGUUGGAUGCGGGACGACCACACCAUCUCCAACAAUCGCUACAAGGCAGUGGAGGAACCAGGUGGUUUGCGCAAGCUGAUCAUUAGGAAUCCCAUCUCCUCAGACUGCGGAAUCUUUGCCUGCUACGCCGAGCAUGAGAGUCGCAUCGACUCCAUCAGCACCACGAUAAAGGCGGCGGACUUGAAGCGUCUCCUUACCGUCAGCCAGCCGGAUCUACCGCUUUCAGUCGAGCUGGAUGCCGUCAUUCAGAGUAAGAGCUCCAUUGGCCAGGUCAAUGGCAAUGGCGAGCUCCGGAGAGCCGGCGACCGAAUUCUGCGCAGUGCCGGAAAUGCCAAGCCACUGUUCCACACACUCCUACACGAUCGUACUGUUUCCGAGGGAGCCACUCUCCGCCUGGUGUGUGCCGUGUCCUCGUUCGACGCGAACACCCGCAUAGAGUGGCUCAAAAACCACCGGCCCCUUCCCAAGGACUCCCGCUACCAGACGUUGGUCCACAACGGAGAGGCCUCCCUGGAGAUCUACGCCGCCGUGGCGGAGGACAGUGGAAACUACACCUGCAGCGCCGCCAACGACUUUGGCGAGACCCUGACCCACGCCCAGCUGAGGGUCUUUAAGAACUUUAAAGAGGCUCCGUUGCCAAGCACGUUCACGCAGCCGAUUCGAGACACAUAUUCUCUCAACGAUAAUGAGUUGGUUCUGGACUGCCGCGUGCGUGGACAACCUCGCCCAGAGAUCGAGUGGAUGAAGGGCACCGAGAUCCUCGAAAGCAGCGAUAAGUACAAGAUGAGCGACCAAGCCGACGGCUAUGCCAAGCUGGUGAUCAACAACCCCACGGAGAAAGACUCCGGCGUCUACUCGUGUGUGGCCAGGAACGAGGGCGCCGAGAACAAGAUCUCCCACCAGGUGGACUUCAAGGGCAAGCAGCACUACUCGCUGGAGAAGACCCAUGGCUUCUUCCACCGCGACCCCAACAAGCCGCACUUCCUCCUGCCCCUGGGCAACCAGACUGUCUGCAAUGGUGGCACCGUGGCGAUCUCUGCAGAGUUCAUGCAGACCAGUACGCCCAUCGAGGUGAAGUGGCUGCGCGACCGCCAGGUGGUGGACGGUCCGAACGUCAAGGCCCUGGCCGAUCGUGGCGUCUACACGCUGACCAUCAUGAAUGCCUCGCCGGAGAUCGAGGGCACCUACACCUGCCGAGCCUCGAACGCCUUCGGCCGUAUUGAGUCGCAUGCCAACAUCGACGUGUCUGUGGGAGCGCCCAAGGACGAGCGUCCACCGCUGUUCCUGUCGCGACCGGACACGGAAAUGAAGAUUGCAGUGGGUGAUCCGUUCUCGCUCUCCUUCCGCAUUGCUGGCGAUCCGAAACCUAAGCUGACCUUUAUGAAGGGCACCAAGGACAUCACCCAAUCCGACCGCGUCAGCAAAGAGGUCUCCGACGACUACACCAGAUUCACAGUGCAACAAGCCCAAAUCUCCGAUUCCGGCACCUACUUCGUGGUGGCUCGCAAUAACUUUGGCACUGACAGGAUAUUCGUGACCGUCACGGCAAUCCCUCGCGCUCGCUCCGCCACGCCAACGCAACCCCGUUGGGGGCUUCCCCUGGACAGUUACAGCGACACUUCGUACUUCAGAGAUCCGCCGGGCUGCAUUGCCACCGAGCCCUUGGUCGUGGAUUCCGGGCCCACCCACAUUUCGCUGUCCUGGGGCAAGCCGGUGAGCGCCAACUCCGCUCCGGUCAUCGCCUACAAGGUGGAGUCCUGGGUGGUGGGUCACGAGGGUGGCGCCUACUGGAGGGAACUAGGGCUGACGCCCAUCAACUCAUUCGACGCCUUCAACCUCAAGCCCAACGUCGAGUACCACUUCCGGGUGACGCCCAAGAACCGCUACGGCUGGGGUCCGGCCGUGCAAACCAGUUCGUCCUUGCAAGUCGGAGGCGUGGAGUGCCUGCCCGAGUUCGUGAAAAUCCUGCCGGGCCAGGCCAAGGCCUUGCUGGGCUCCUCCUUCACCCUGCAGUGCAACAUGCGUGGAGCUCCACGGCCACAUGUCACCUGGUUCAAGGACGGCAUUCAGCUGAGCAGCAGUUCGGAGCGAGUCAAGAUCCGCCAGAUCGGGUCGACCUGUGCCCUGACUAUCGCCACAGUAAGCGAACUGGAUUCGGGUCGGUAUACCUGCGAAGCCACCAACUCCAAGGGGAGGGUGUCCACCUUCGCCCGCCUUCAGGUUGUCUCGGACGCGAGGAUCUACGAAGCAGACUCUCGCCUCAAGGAGAUAGCCCACGGGCGCAGUCAGGGCGAGGUAGGGGACUCCCUACCCAUCUUCACAAUGCGCCUGCGGGAUCGCCGAGUCCAGGUCACCUAUCCCGUUCGUCUCACGUGCCAGAUUGUGGGCUACCCAGUGCCCGAGAUUCUAUGGUACAAGGACGACCAGCUUAUUGCGACCGGAAGGAAGUACUUGACGACCUCAGAAGGCCAGUUCUUCACUUUGGAAAUCGCAGCCACCACACUGGAUGACAGUGGCACUUAUACUUGCCUGGCCAAGAACGAGCUGGGCUCCGUCUCCUGCCAUUGCAUCCUGGUGGUGGACAAGGGCAUUCGUGCCUACAUAUCGCCGGACUUUUAUGUGCCCCUGGAUCCCUUCUACAUUUUCCGCGAAGGCUCCGAAAUCCGUUUGUCGACGAAGGUCGAGGCCUAUCCCGCUGUGGGCGUGACCUGGCACCGAAACGGGAUGAGGUUGCGGCCCAGUCGUCGUCUGACAGCAACUCUGGAUUCCAACGGAUACGUGGAGCUGAUAAUCGCGGAGGCCUCGGCCCGGGAUGCUGGCAUUUAUGUGUGCGUCGCCUCCAACGUAGUGGGCAAGGUGGAAACCAUCUGCCGUGUGGCCAUCGAGGAGGACGAGGAGCACGAUGCACUGCGGCCGUCGAGAGCACUGGAAAUCCCGAGCAUUAAGGCCGACGAUCUACCUUAUUCCAAGGAGCCCUUGUUCGUGGUGAAGCCCCGUUCCAGCGAAGCCUACGAAGGCGACAACAUCAUCAUUUUCUGCGAGGUGGUUGGCGACCCAAAGCCCGAGGUGGUUUGGCUGCGCGAUUUUCUGAACCCGGAGUACUACAAGGACGCACCGCACUUCCGACGCAUCGGAGACGGCCCCGAGUACCGCCUGGAGAUACCCAGCGCCAAGUUGGACUUCACCGGCACCUACUCAGUCAUAGCCAGCAACUGUCAUGGCGAAGCCAAGGCUGUAAUUUCCCUGCAAAUCUUCGCAAAAGACAUUCUUAAAGAUAGACGCAUGGAUCAGGUGCAGACGCGCCACAGCAACAUCGAAACGCUUCCUCGCUUCGUACGGAACCUGCGGAACCUGCGCUGCUGCGAUGGGGAUGCUAUUUCGUUGGAAUGCCAGGUGGAGGCCGACCCAGAGCCAUUUAUUAUAUGGGAGAAGGACGGUCGAGUGGUGCCCUCAGAUAGGGACUACGAAAUGUCGUUCGAUGGGACCAAGGCUACGCUAAGAAUACCGCGAGUAUAUCCGGAGGAUGAAGGCGAGUACACGUGCGUCGCAAAGAACUCGGUGGGUCGAAGUCUGUCCUCGGCUUGCAUUAUCGUGGACGUGCCUGAGGAAAAGGAGAACAUGCUGAGUCGCCAGCUGACACGCCCUAGUGGCCUCUUAUCCGCCCACUCCACUCCCCGAUCCACUCCCAGAUCCACGCCCGCCCGCAGCUUCUCCCCAUUCCGUUUAUCCUACCGGACAAGUAGCAUUGAUCUAACGGGAGUAACCGAGCGGCGGAGGAGUGACGCUCGUUCCGCCAUUACGGCGCCCAAGUUUCUGGCCAUCCCCUACAACCGGGUAGUGGAGGAGGGCGACUCCGUGCGGUUCCAGUGCGCCAUCUCAGGUCACCCGACUCCAUGGGCCACCUGGGACAAGGACGGCUUGAUUGUCACCCCAACUCCCCGGAUAGCCGUUAAGGAGAUCGACGACUUGAGGAUUAUUGAGAUCGACGAAGUGUCCUUUGAUGAUGCCGGUCUGUACAGGAUUACGCUGGAAAACGACUUUGGGCGCAUAGAGGCCACUGCCCGGCUUGACGUGAUCAGUAGCUCGCGAUACUCCAAGUCGCCUUCAGUGCGGAGCGUGCGCGCCUCCUCCUCUCGUCGCAAUGCCUACCUAUACCGACGCAUCAUGGGUCCAUCCACAGCAAUUGGCGGACGCAUGGCUCUGGCCACCGGAUACCGAGGCUCUUCGGUUCCCUCCGUCAGAUUCUACCACAACUCCGUGGAAAUUGAGCCCUCGGAUCGAGUUCAUAUAGAGUUCGAUGAGGAGAAUUCGAUGGUUGUCCUGUUCGUUGACAAUGUUACACUAGCGGACGAGGGCGUUUACAGCUGCAUCAUUAGUGGGGACCACGAUCCCCUAAUCAGCUCCACCACAGUCACUUUCCAUGAGACGGCAAGAGAAUCCCAGAGAAAGGGAGCCACGAUUAGUCAACCCCUCCCUCAGAUUAGCAGUGCUUUAGAGGGCGAAGUGAUCGACCUUACAUGCGUCAUCGAUUGCGAAGAGCCCUUCAGCUACGUCUGGCUUAGGAAUGGAGAAGUUUUGCCGGACAGCGAGGAAUUCAACUAUAUCGACCACGGCAAUGGACGUCUGGGCCUGCGCAUCACGGAUGCCUUCGACAUUGACUCCGGAACUUACAGCUGUCAGGUGUUUACCUCGGAGUCUUCCUCCGGCGAAUGCGAAUACGAAUGCGACUGCAGCACCAGCGGCGAGCUGCGCGUUCUGGAACGCGAUCUGAGGCGGGAGGACCAGGAGUGCGUGCAGCUGCUGAAGACCCCGCUUCCGGUAGUCUGCGCUGCCGGGGAGGAGGUCAUCUUUUAUGGACGUGUUUUCCCCUGCGACGCGGAAGCCGAAUGGUACCUCAAUGGAGAGCAGCUAAUAGACGAUGACUCACUUGACAUGACGUUGGAGUCGUACCCUGAGAACGGCAUUCGGCUGUUGCGUCUUCGAGACGUCGCCGCCUCCAGAAGCGGAGAGAUCUACCUGCAGGUGAAGCAUCCCCAGGCGGAGGCCAGGCGCCUUCCCGCUACCAGAACCUACACCAGCCUCCUGGUCCUGCCCUCCAUCCGAGGCAACAGCUCCUCCGCCUCGCUGGCGGCCAGAAGCUGCUUUUUGUCGCGGCCCGAGGAUUGCACCGCCCUCAUCGGCGGCCAUGUCCGGCUGAACGUCCGCUACGAGCCAUUCCCGGGCACCAAAGUGGUGUGGUACAAGGCGAGCCGCGCCAUUGUUGAAAGCUCGAAUGUAACCAUACGGACCACGGCUCAGCAGUCGACGCUUUACAUCUCCGACAUCUCGGCGGAUGACAGCGGCAAGUACACGGUGGAGGUGAUGAGCGACUACGGGAUCGAGGCUGCUGCUGCCUCCGUGGCAGUGGAAGGUCCUCCGGAGCCGCCCAGUGGCCAGCCCAGCGUCUCCUUAGGCCCGGAUAGGGUGGCAGUGGCCUGGUGUGGACCGCCCUACGACGGAGGCUGUAUGAUCACCGGAUUCAUCAUUGAGAUGCAGAUCUGCGAGGAAGACAACCGCGAGGACAUCGGAGAGGACUCCUGGCAGGAAGUGGCUCGGGUUGUGGACACUUUGGCGUACACGGUCAAGAACCUGCAACCCCAGACCCAGUACCGCUUCAGAGUUAGAGCCGAGAACAUCCACGGCCGCAGUCCGCCAAGCCAUGUCAGCGAAACGGUGAAGAUUAUUGGAAAGGCCCAGAGGACGGCCGGGGAUAGUACCUCCACCGUCAGCGUAGAGUCUGGCGGGGACUUCAAAUCCCGCUUCCAGAUCAUCGAGGAGCUGGGCAAGGGACGCUUCGGCAUCGUCUACAAGGUCCAGGAACGAGGUCAACCGGGCCAGCUGCUGGCCGCCAAGGUGAUCAAGUGCAUCAAGGCCAGGGACAAGCAGAAGGUCAUUGAGGAGAUUUCUAUCAUGCGCUCCCUACAGCACCCCAAGCUGCUCCAGUUGGCAGCCUCUUUCGAGAGUCCCCGGGAGAUCGUUAUGGUUAUGGAAUACAUCACUGGCGGAGAACUCUUCGAGCGAGUGGUGGCCGAUGACUUCACCCUGACCGAACUGGACUGCAUCCUGUUCCUGCGCCAGGUGUGCGAGGGCGUGGCCUACAUGCACAGCCAGAGCGUGGUCCACCUCGACCUGAAGCCGGAGAAUAUCAUGUGCCACACCCGCACUAGUCACCAGAUCAAGAUAAUUGACUUCGGCCUGGCCCAGCGGCUGGACGCGAAGGCGCCAGUCCGGGUUCUCUUUGGCACCCCAGAGUUUAUCCCGCCGGAGAUCAUCAGCUACGAGCCCAUCGGCUUCAAGUCGGACAUGUGGAGCGUCGGUGUCAUCUGCUAUGUUCUGCUCUCUGGGCUCUCGCCCUUCAUGGGUGACACGGAUGUGGAGACCUUUUCGAACAUAACCCGGGCAGAUUACGAUUUCGAUGACGACGCCUUCGACUGCGUUUCGCAGGAGGCCAAGGACUUUAUCUCUCAGCUCCUGGUUCACCGCAAGGAGGAGCGCCUGACCGCCCAGCAGUGUCUGGAGUCCAAGUGGCUGUGUCAGCGCUACGACGACAACCUCAGCAACAACAAGAUCUGCACGGACAAGCUCAAGAAGUUCAUCAUCCGGCGGAAGUGGCAGAAAACCGGCAAUGCUAUCCGCGCCCUCGGACGAAUGGCAAACUUGUCGGCCUCGCGUAGGAACUCCGCUAUUGCCAUGGGCGCCCUGAGUAGCCCGCGGCCUUCCCUCUCUGGACUAGGCCUGCUCAAUGCUAGUGCCAUGAUAUCGAGUGGACUGAGCGUCCAGAUGACGUCGCUCCACGAGGAGGAAGACGACUUCAGCGUGGAGAUGUCGCCCCUGGUGGAGAAGCGAUCCGUGCUGAAGUUCCGGGACAAGUCUCAGUGCAGUGAGCGCAGCGAUUCCGGGUACAGCGAGUGCUCCAACUGCAGUGGAGCGCAGGAGACGCUGCUCCUCUCGUUGGCCAAGUCGAAGCUGGAGCAGAUUGCGAAGGCCUCAACGUCCCUGGCCGUGGCCACGCAGGAUCCGGAGAGUGCUUUGACUCUGGAGCUGCCCGCAAAGGGCCAGGAGUCCAUCAUGCGUUCCGACUUUACGAACACGAUUAAGAUGCGCAAGAAGUCGCUGGAGGACAGCUGUGCAAGGGAGAAGCCCAAGCCCAAGCCCCACAACAAGCCUGCGUGCGAGUCCAAGCUGAAGGUGUCCCAGUUGAAGGACCGGUUUCAGACCCAUCCCCCUCCAGUUGCUGCUCCUGCCGCAUUCGCUGCUAAAUCCUCUAAAAUCCCGCCUGCCCGCGAGCCAUUUAAGAUCUCGAAAGUGGCGAGCGUGGGGCGCUUAAGCAGAACAGAGGAGCCGCAGACACCUGGCAGAGGUCCUAGCCCUGGAACCCGAAAAGACACCCCUGUCCAGGCCCGGUCCAUGCCAAGCUCCCCGGUGCCCCAGCGCUCCGCCACGCCGACGCGGCUGAUGAGCCAGCGCGUCCGAGAGGCCGCCGAGCGGCUUGCCCAGCAGCAGACGGUCGCCAGCGGGGCUCGUCGGCAGCUCAGGGGCAACGGCAAUGGAAACACCAGCAACAGCAGCGUCAACAAUGGAAGCAACCCGAGCGGCGGUAUUGGGAACACGGAGUCCAACCGCGAGUCACGUGCGCGACAUCUCAUUAAAAGAUUCAACACUGGAUCACAGCAUAUUACGUCCUAGAUUAGGUCGGUUUAGGGCCGACACAAUUUAAAAUUUAUUUUAAAAUACAGCGGAGCGGAUACACAUCCAUAUAUAUAUUAUAAAUGAAACCCCACGAGACAAAAUAAUUACGAAACACUCGAAUAUGAAAGCGAAUUCGAUUCGAGCGAUUGCGAGCAACACAUCCACAUCCACCUCCAUACCCCCACACACCCACUUACAGUAGGAUACAUCUAUCCGACAUCCGGCAUCUAGCCCCACGGACGCACUCCCUCACUCGGAGGGAAUGUACUUAGGCUAGAGGAAGCUAAGUGUUUAAAUUAUUGUUUCGAUUUAUAUACAUAUUUACCAUACUAAUUAAAGUUAAAGUAACGAA